UAGAGGUUAUUUUUUAUCCGUACUACUCCUCUCUCUUUUUACUCUCUUUCUGCACGCAAUGGCUGACAAACAAUCCGCUGUCCUUGAAGAAAUCAAAAAGAACAUCCAAUCGCUUCACGAGCGAUUCGAUGCUCUUGAGAAGAAGGUUGCCCAGGGUGUCCCCAAGGAGCAACUCCGCAUGGUUAUUAUGGGUCCUCCCGGUGCUGGCAAGGGUACCCAAGCUCCUGCCAUCAAGGACAAGUUCUGCGCUUGCCACUUGGCCACCGGUGACAUGCUCCGCGCCGCCGUUGCUGCCAAGACUCCUCUCGGUUUGGAGGCCAAGAAGGUCAUGGAUGCCGGAGGUCUUGUUUCCGACGAGAUUGUUGUCGGUAUGAUUGAGGAGAACUUGGAUAAGAACACCGAGUGCAAGAACGGUUUCAUCCUCGACGGUUUCCCCCGUACUGUCGUCCAGGCCGAAAAGUUGGAUGAUAUGUUGGAGAAGCGCAAGAAGCCCUUGAACUCGGUCGUUGAGCUGGUCAUCGACGAUAACUUGCUUGUCUCCCGUAUCACUGGCCGUUUGAUCCACCCCGCAUCCGGCAGAUCCUACCACAAGGAAUUCAACCCUCCCAAGACUCCCAUGAAGGAUGAUGCUACUGGCGAGCCUCUUAUCCAGCGCUCGGAUGAUAACGCCGAGACCUUGAAGAAGCGUUUGGACUCUUUCCACAAGCAGACCGGUCCCGUCGCCGACUACUACAAGAAGAAGGGUAUCUGGUACGGUGUUGACGCCGCUCAGUCCCCCAAGGCUGUCUGGGCUUCGCUCAGCGCUAUCUUUGACAAGACUCUCUAGAUGAGAAGUCCGUGAUUACGAAACUGUAAAUGUGAUUGAAUAUUCUUUUUUUUCCAUGUAUACAGCACACAUGCACAACACAUACACACAAUUUUUCCCCAUCCGUAGUAAACGGUACACACUAGACCGAUUUGUUCCAAAAAGAUCCUAUAAAGUUUGAUUUCGUUUUGCCUGUUA